AUGGUACGGAAAAAGACAAUUUCCGUAUAUUACAUUACGCAGUCCUGCUUAAAAGGACUUGGUGAAUUAUUUGCGGCAAAUAAGUAUUCCUUACUUUCAUCAUCUGGUUUAAGAAUUUCUUUGACGUUUCUUGAGGUCUUCUUGUGGAUAAUAAAGAAUUUUUCCUAUUUGACGAGUUUUUGGAUUAUGUCUUUAUUGGCUUCUUCAAGAUGGACGGUGUGUUCAAAAGGGAGGCGAAACUACAGCAAGUGUCAUUCAAUUUACAGUAAACAUUUUCUCUCCCUUUUCUCAACUUUUGAAAAUGCUUGGACAACUCUAUUUGUUUUAUUGACUUUAUUCGAUUCAGGGAACUCUUCGUCAGUUAUUUCAACUGGGACGAUAAUUAACACUCCAUUGAUUUCCCAGUCAGGUUCUUUGAUACCUUCUUCAUUAUCAACUGACACAAAUUCGCACAUUAUCGGUAAUUUCAGCGUAAUAACACAAAACAUUUUCCCUCAGGAGUCGAACAACACAAUAGGUUUACGUUCCGUUGCCUCUGUAGGAAGCACAGAGUUUUCUACAACUGAAGAACGCCCAACGAUGACAUCAUCCGAAAGCGUUUGGGAAUCCACGACAAUGGAAACCAUCUCUUUAAAAACUUUUAAUAGUUCACCCUCGAAAACACUGAUUAGUCAUGAUCAGACAAUUAAUGUGCCAUCUCAUUCAAGUCCAACGCGUCUAUUAGCUACAGAAGUUGAAACGCGUUCAAAGGAUUCAAUAUCAAUGGCACCAAUUACAUCUAAGAUACCUACAACAGAGAGAUCUCCGUUGUCAGAAACAUCAGACGUUUCGGUCUCCAAGAUUGGUUCAACAUUUAUGACAAGUCACACGAAAGCAAGCAGUGUUACAACAUCGACCAGCAAUCCUCCACCUGGCCUAUUGCCCAUUACUGGAUUAAGAAACUCUGUUGCUAGUCUCUGGACGGCAUCAACAAAAACACUUUUAUCCACCGAUUAUCAGAGCAAUAGCACGACAGUAAGUUCUUCGGUAAGAUCAACAGUAUCGAGGUUAAAGGAAUUGUCUCCUUCGUUAAAAUAUUCGUCACCAUAUUCACCUACACACUUGGUAUCAGCAUCAACAUCAGGUGUAUCACCGAUUUUGGAGUCCUUACUACCCUCCUUUCAAACUCCAGUUACCAGCAUCCCAACAGAAGUCCCGGUUGUGUCUAGUUCAGAAUCGUUAGUUUCAUCAUCGUUGUAUUCAAUUUUAAUAUCAAAAUCAACGCACGAAUUAACGUUAACACCAUCUGUAGAACUACUUACAUUGCCAUCACAAUCAACAUUUUUACCUCCUUCAUCACUUCCGCCGCAAUCACCAUCGUCGUCUGCACCGACGUUAUCACAAUCUUCAUCACUGCCAACAACAACCUCACCAUCUUCGUCUUCAGUGAGGUCCAACAUAUCACCAUCGUCAUCAACAAGUCGGACGCAUUUCAACGCAUCAUCUCUGUCACCGUGGGCAGCAACGCAACAGGCAGUGUCAUCAGUGUCAUUCUUGACGCUUCCAAUGUCAACAACAACGUCUACGCAGGAAUCCUCCUCAACACCAUCAGUGGAUUUACUUACAUCUCAAUCAACCUUGUCGCCUUCCUCACUUCCACCCCAGUCACCAUCGCUCACACCAUCAUCGUCAAGACCGAAAUUAUCACAAUCCCCAUCACUGCCAACAACGAUAUCAACAUUAACUUCAACACCACUAUCUUAUUCACUUAUACCAACAUCACCACUAAAAACAUCACGAUCAUCCUCAGCUUCUUUGUCAUCUCCAUCACUAUCUUUAUUACUAUCGCCUCUGCCAUCGUCAACAGUAUUGCCACCAGUAUCAUCACCAUCGUUGUUACACUUACCGUUAUCAUCAUCAUCACCAUUGUCAUCAUCGUUGGUAGUUUCAUUGUCGAGGAUGUCAUCGCCAGCAGUGUCACCAACAACAUUGCCAUCUAUAUCAUCUCCAUCGUCAUUACACUCACAAUCAGUGCCACAAUCAGCGUCAUCGUCAUCACCAUCAUCAUCAUCAUCAAUGUUGAUAUUUUUGUCAUCAUCGCCAUCUUCAGAGUUAUCUUUACUGUUAGCUUCAUUAUCAUCAUCAUCAGCAGCAGCUCUAACAUCAGCGUCUUCGACUUCAUCAAUAAAAAGAACAUCGUUACCAUGGCCAUUACAUUCAGCAUCAAAUCCAUCAUCAUCGCUGACACCAUCUCCAGGGCCAUUAUCGCCACCAAACGUAGCACCGUCAACAACGCUAGAGUCAUCUUCUUCAUCACUACAACCAUCAUUGCCACUGCAAUCACAACCAUUACCAUCAUCAUCACUUUUCUCAUUGCCAGCACCGUCCAUUCCUUUCCUGACUCUAUCAUCCCCUCUGAAAACGGCCCAACCUUCUUUUCCAUCGGUAUCGUUGCCUGAAACUACCAUGACGUCCAUAAAUUUGUCACUAACGCAAAUUUCAUCAUCGUUUAUUUCGUGGAGCAACUAUUUGCUGCAAAAAUCAUCUUUGGUUAAUAAUUCAACAACUUAUAAUGUAACGUCCCAGAAAACAAGCAACGUUAUUGCCGCUGUCGCUUCUAGCGGAAUCUUUGGAGAAACUCCAACGAGUUUUAUGUCGUCGUCGAUAGCACUUGUCACAUCAACGACAAGUCCACCUGACGAACCACGGAUACUCAAUCUAAGAUUUUCGCUAAUUAACGAAACCUUUCACGGGGAUUUGAAUAACGCAAGUUCCGCGAAGUUUGUGACCUUGUCCGCGAGAGUGAACUUUACGGUACUAUUUUUUAUUGUAACUGUUUACUUUGCUUUAGCUUGCAUGCGUGACAGGUGUUUAAAGAACCUUGGAAAUGGGAAUUUGGAAGUGCGGAUUCCCCCUUUCCCAUCUUCUUUUAACGUCUUCCACGCAGGCUAACUUUGCCAUGAUAGGUGCUUUCAAAAAAAAAAAAAAUCCUCUACCUUCUCUGCUUUCUUUAGAUUUGCAGUCAAACAGUGUAAAGACUAAAUUUAGAAAAAAACAUUGUUUAUCAUAAAUGACUAACCAUUUUUAUCAAAGUUCGGUACAGAAUAAUAGCUCACAUCUCCAAAUUACAUAAGAAAAUUACUGAUAAGCCACAUGGAAAUUAAUAAAGGUUUUCCGAUAAAUAUCAAGGUUAUUCACUCUUCGUUAAUUAUAUAUUUAUUUUUCGUUUAUUCAUUGAUUUUUGAAGCCUUGAUCUAUCUAUUUGUAUAUAAUAUUAACGGAGUUUUUUUUCCCUAUCUCCAUAGCUAUGGGAAUUGUUAAACCCAUUCAAGAUAGGCCUGGUGGAUGUAAGAAUACUGCAGUUUAGGUUUGUAUACAGCUACAAGUUUUGAGAACAAGAAUAUUUUUUCCAUAGGGCCAUCAACCAAAAUUCAAGAUAGAUACCCAAUUAUUGCGCAAAACUGAAACAAAGAAAGGUAACCGUGAAACAACAUUGCCAAGGCGUCUCAUAACAGAACUGUUUUAGAUUUAGAAUUGCUAACUUCGUUUAAUUGUUGAUUAGAAACAGGAAAUCGAGGGUCAUUACACGUUUCUGGGAAACUGCCCUCCUACCCCUCCCCUGAACCGGCAUUUUGCCCUAAGUGAAAAGUAAGUGUUAAGGUUGGCUUAGGGGAGGGGUAGGUGGGCAGUUUCCCAGAAACGUCCGCGAUGUAUAAUGAUCCAUCGAAAUGGCCCCACGUAGGGUAAUACGAAUUCCAGAAUCUGGGAAUUUUUUGCUUGAGAAUUUGGAACCAGGAAUUCUUGGCUUUGGAAUCCGGAAUUCAGCUCAAGGAAUCCGGAAUCCCACUACCGAUCUGAGACCGGGGUCCAAGUUUCGCUAAAAGGAAAUCCGGAAUCCAAUAUAACUGAAAUCCAGAAUCCAAGACUGUCUUGGAUUACCUUAAAUGGGAGAAAAAAAAGUAACAAGGGCCUUUGUUUUCUUUUUCAAGCAAUGGAAGCGUUAAAGUGGAUUCUGAGUUGGUGAUUAGCAGCGCCUCCAACGUUACUGCGCAAGAUGUCAAUCAAAGUCUGUGGACAGGCAAUGGCUCUAACAGUGAAGGAUUCAUUUUUGGCCACAUAAUGGUCAAGGGUAAGAUGUGUUUAUUGAUUUUAUUGCAAUGUACUGCUGUGAUUACCACGUUAUUUCGUGUUCCAGCUUCAUCAGUAAUAUAGAAAUUUGGUGCUAGUACUAUCCCUAGCAGUAAUGACAACUUUGUCUGCUANACAGUGAAGGAUUCAUUUUUGGCCACAUAAUGGUCAAGGGUAAGAUGUGUUUAUUGAUUUUAUUGCAAUGUACUGCUGUGAUUACCACGUUAUUUCGUGUUCCAGCUUCAUCAGUAAUAUAGAAAUUUGGUGCUAGUACUAUCCCUAGCAGUAAUGACAACUUUGUCUGCUAAUGUCAAUGGUUCUCCCUAGCUGGCAUGAAAGAGACCAGUUUGUUUCCACCUGGACAAAUUUCAUUAUCAGAGUCUUUCUACAUAUCGUGUACUCCACUGCUUAUAUUGUCCUUACAAAUGAUUCUAUUUGUGAAUCGUUCUAAUGAAGCUAAUCACUCAACAGUUAAACAUAACAGAUAGCCCCGUUUGGAUGUUUAGUUUAUUCUUUCUUGCCUAUCUAAGACCAGUACGCAAUGCCGAAGUUUUGCGUAAGUAGGAACUGUAGAGGGCACAGACUUGUCCCCCUGCCUCCAGUCUCCCCAGCCGUACAAACUGGUCUGUAAAAUUUGGCGACCUCUCGGAGCUGCAUCUUUGUCAGUUUUCAACAAAUCAACUCAAACUUGGUAACUUAGCUAAAUUCAAGUCGCUCUUUUCAGUGGUGUCGACGGAUUUCUCCCUACCUGGUUCAUUUCAAAAAUUGAAAAAGACUGCUAUUGCAGUCUGAAGUUGUUUUUUGUUCAUGCAAUACGACAACGUUCUUGCAUUUUAGAGACGUGUACCUCCGGAUACUGCAGAAAUUCAGGUAGUUGUCAGGAGGGAACCCUCGGGGCGAAAUGCAGGUUAGUAACUAAUAUCCACUAUUACAUUCUAUUUAGAGUCGCCUGCGCUACUUAAACGCAGAUCUCAAAAGGAGACUGUGCUUGGGAGCGCAACCACAGAUGCAGUAUUAGGAAGACGACAGUACAGGCUAUUUUCGUCAAACGUCAGUUCCUAAUUUGAAUAGACUUUGAAACUAUCUCAGCUUCUUACAAUAACCCGUCCCGUCUAAGGCCAUAAGGGUGGUGUCUCUGCGACAAAGAUCAGGCCAUUGGGUACUGAAGAAAGAGAGAGGGUAGAUGAAUGCUUAUCAUGUAAUAAACAAGCCUUACCCCUAAAAUCUUCUUAAGAAUGUUUUUAUUCCAACUUUUAGUUGUUCCGCUGGAUUUGUCGGAAGAAGGUGCGCUCAAGUAGCAGGUUAGUGGUUUAUUAAGACAAGUAUCAAACCGAAUCUUAGCUGAUAAUGUGAAAUCGCAACGUUGAAAAUAGUCUUAGUGUGUUUUCAACUGCACUUAAAAAUCACCUUUAACAAACUAACAAUUUCAGGUCACCGCGGAAGGGUUCUUACCUACCAUUCAUAUGCUAUAUAUCUACUAAACUAAGAAUGAACUGGCUAAGCCAGGUUCUUAAUAGGGUUGUUAUUCUAACUGAAAAAGGUGCAUACCGCAGUGGCUUCGGUUCUUUGCUGAUUAAUAAGAAGUAGUUCCUUCUACACAGUCUGUUGCCAUGCAGCCUGGUCUCUUUUCCACCCAAAGUCCCGGUUCCCAAACUUGGACGAGUCGGCCUAAGGGCCAAGUGAUUCCAAGAGCAAGACGGACAUUAGCCUUCGAAAAUGUGGAUUUAACUAUUUUCUGUUUUCUCAAAUAUGUUUUUAAGAAGAAUUUUUGGAUAUUUUAUAAUGCUUUGUGUUAUUUUCUGAUUUUAUAAAUAGGAACCUAUUUAAGGCUUGACAGAUUCCUUGGUUUCUAAACGCCAAAACGUUAGCCUACUCUUGGUUCUUAUAAGUAUCUUUGAAUAUUUCUGUCUCACAGCAUUUCCUGUGGAUGGGAAAUACUCUGACUGGUCAGAAUUCACUGACUGUACCAAGACAUGUGGUGGAGGUCAAAAAAGUCGCCGGCGCAGCUGUACCAAUCCCUCUCCACAAAACGGCGGAAAGGAUUGCACUAGCUUGGGACCGGAUACGGAGUAUGCUGACUGUAAUGUGGAUGUUAGCUGUCCAGGUAAGAAGAGAACUGAAAUGUCCCAGAUCAGUGCUGUUCAUGAAAAUACUACGUUUCUGUUGAAACGAUGCCGACUACAUUUCAGUUCCAAUUUCCUGUUCCCCUUAAUCAGCUCGUUGACCAGUUAAGCUGUCAGAAAUCAUUUGGAACAUUAUUUAAACUUGGGGUGAAAAUUUAUAACUACCAACAGCUGCCUAGAAACCAACACAAUUGUUGAUUAAUACAUUAAACAAAUGCAAAAUGAAAAAAGGAGUGAGAGCUAUGUCGUUGCCUUGGGCUCCCAUCACUUUUACAUAAGGGCUUUUGCAGGUUAGAAAAUCAUAUGUGUCUUUUUGCAUCUCAGAGAUUUUGUUGUCAGGGGACUGAAAAUGGGUUUCCCGUGCAAAACCCAACUUCAAGGUAUCACCGGUAGUACAUAAUGGGGCAUGGCUUUUCUUUUUUUUUCUUUUCUCUUUCUUUUUCAAGAUUCCACUAACAGCAAAGACCUAGUGUAAAAGCGAAGCAAACAAAAUUAAACCAAUUAAACAAACAAACAAUUAAUAAAUGCCGCAAUCUUUAGUUUAGGUUCUGAUUAUUUUAUCUUUCUUUCAGUUUCAUCUGAGAUAUGGAUCGCUGUUGGGAUUUCCUGUGGUGCGUUCCUCAUCAUUCUUAUCUUGCUUGUUUUGCUCUGCUUGCGAAGAAGAAGAAAGAAAGCUGAAGAAAACAAAAGGUAAAUUCGAAGAUCGUCCCGUAGCCAGAUUAGUACAAAUGUGGCUGCGGUAAAAUAUGAAUGUUAAUAGCAAUGAGUUGCAUUUGAAAAUCUGUAAGGUUCGUGGCAACAAGGUGUAGUAUGCUGAAGUGACCGCUCUUUCGAUGUCCAUGUCACAACAACUAGAACAAUUUUUAGAGGCGAUGUCCUGGGAUGCCUCGGAUAUCUACCGCAGUUUAAAAACCUAAUGCUAACAUCAUGCGGCAACAAAGAGAAAAAAAAAGAUAGCCCUAGUUUAAAGGAAUGAAAAUCUAGUGGCCAGCUGUUGUAAAAUGUUAGCGGAAGAAAGAAAGUCUUUACAUACGAAAAGGGUUCUACUCUCACAGGAUUGGUUUGGGACGCCAACUUGGCCGCCGUUUGAUUGUUUUGGAACACCGAUAUGGCGGACGUGAAGUCAUCUGAAAACGCUCUAGUGUUUGUUUAUUUGUUGUUUUUUUUUUACAGCUCCAGUCAGACACGUUUUUUGAGAUCUUCUAAAAUUUUGUACGAUUUAUCAUAUUUCUGAACUUUAAGGUCUAUGGAUUUAUACAACAGCAACGGACACAGAAACACCCCGAUACCGUUGGAAGUAAUAUACGAGGACAAGACAAUACCCAAGCCCUCCAAUAAAGGACAUUUAAACCCAGAAUUUAUUGGUGAAGAUGAUGACGACAACGACAUAUACAAGGCGCAGCUGUUGUUGUUUUUAAAGCAAUCCCAUUUAAUACGGCCCAAUGUAUACCCAGACGAGCAAGACAACAAUUCUGAUACGUCCGAUUAUUCACGGAAGAAUUCUAGAAGAGUUUCUGCGUUAUCUGCUGCCAGCGACAAAAAUCAAGGGGACAACGAUAAACCGGUUGUUGAACUUGAGACCGCUGUAAGUUAACUUUUUACUUCACACAAUAUUCAAAUUACCGUAUUUUCCAGCCUCGGCCCUAGGCGUUCUCGACUCGGUCAAACCUGGACCCUAUCGUGAACUGUGACGUCAUGGAGAGAGACUCACCUCCCCUUUCCCAGACUUUCGCGGACAAUGGGGCAAGAGGGAACGCCUAGGGACUAGGCUGUGUAGUUUCCUGAACCAAUUUCCGGGUGCUAACUCACCCUUUCACUCCCAAACCAAACCUUUUGUCAAUGGUUUUACAUCUGACCAUGCACAGUGUCUCCCAGCGGACCAAAAAAAAGACGGGCUGUGGUGACGAAAAUGUUACCACUCAUCCACGCAACCACGCCUUUCCUGAUAAAAUUUUGGACGUUCCUAUAAAUGGCACUGGGACUGGGACGUGGGGACGAGGACGCUGGAACGCGUGCACAGGAACUUGGGAUUCGGGAGCGCGAGAUAAGGGAUUCCGGGACGUGAAGUUAUUGGGGUGCGGUGACGCGAAAUACGGGAAAUGGAAAAGUCAUGUGAAGUAUGGGACACGACCGCAAGCGAAAUACAGGACGUGAGGACGCAAUUGUACAAGCCUGCUCUGGCUAGAGCCCGCUUUUAAUGUUCACAGAGUUAACUCCUUUCGCUACAUGAAAACUUUUAUGUCACCACUAUAUAUGGUUUUUACCAAGCCGAUUUCGUCUUUUAAACAUACCUGUCUCAAACCGACUGUCUCUCAAACCAAAUACAGCUGCAGUCCGGCUAGCUGGUCACAUUCAAUCGUAAAUUAGUGCGGACCGAUGAUUGAUUCAAAUGUUCUCUUGCUUAACAGGGCCAAACACAACACGAUAAAAAAGAACUUCCAAGCACCGAGCUAUGGUGAGUAAGAAAAACUCCUAAUGAAAAUAAGUUUCUCUAGCUUUGCUAUAGCACUUUCUUAGUACAAAAAUGCCGAGAGGGUCUGGAGACGAGAAUGACAAUGGCUGGCACAUUUAGUGCGCAUCGUCAAUUGUUUGCAUCAGCUGUUGUAGCAUCAUAGGUAGUAGAGUAGAUUGUAGCUUAAUGGUAGAGCAUCUGGACUAGUAAGCCGGGCCGGAGGACAUAGAGUGAUUUUACUUCACCCAUGAAAAAGGUUAGUAGAGUGCGUAUACACACUAUUAUGCACUUAUUCCACUGUCUUCCUUAGUUUACUAGUAGCUAUUUUGCACUGGUUGUUAGUAUCUGUUUCACGGAUAAAGUAAAUUAAAAUCAGUCUAGGUUCGACUUCCAAUUGGAGUAGUCGGAUUUUUUCUUCGGAAGCCACUUGUGUCACUGACUGAAAAAUUAUCCUUCUCUUGAGGACACUGGUUAAGAAAGACAGCAAACAUCAAAGAUAAGAAACAACGGUAAUUCUGUUUAUGUUGGGAGUUCCCCGACGGUUCACAAAUUUUGACAAGAUAAAUUAAUGCGAUGGAAUGCUCAAAUUUAACAUACACCGGGGUGACUAGCUUUAAAGGCUUUUUAAAAUUUAUUGGGUAUCAAACUUAGUAAAUAUUGCAAUCUUACAAAUUGUUAGUAGCCAUUUCAUUAUCGUGCCAUAAAUAUUCCUGUUUUCCUGUUAUGGGGAACAGUAUUGGACAACUCUUGGAAAUAAAUGUUGAGACAUACGUUUUGUUAUUUAUAAUAUUGAUUUAAUUAUCUUUUUUUUUAAUCUUCUUUUUCCAGA